GUGUGGUACAUGGAUGGUUACCAUAACAACCGCUUUGUCAGGGAGUACCAGUCGAUGUACGACUUCAUGACAACAGAUAACUUCACCUCCCACCGCCUGCCUCACCCCUGGUCCGGGACGGGUCAGGUGGUCUAUAACGGGUCCAUCUACUUCAACAAGUUCCAGAGUCACACCAUCAUCAAGUUCGACUUCAGCACGUCGCUCAUCAGCCGCUCGCGGCAGCUGGACUUUGCGGGAUACAACAACAUGUACCAUUACUCCUGGGGGGGGCACUCUGACAUCGACCUCAUGGUGGACGAAGGGGGGCUGUGGGCCGUCUAUGCCACCAAUCAGAACGCUGGAAACAUCGUUCUUAGCCAGUUAAACCCAAACACUCUGCAGAUCAUCCGCAGCUGGACCACCAACCACCCGAAACGCAGCGCCGGCGAGGCCUUCAUGAUCUGUGGAACCCUGUACGUCACCAACGGGUACUCGGGCGGAACCAAAGUGUACUACGCCUAUUCCACCAACUCGUCCACCUACGAGUACAUCGACAUCCCCCUGACCAACAAAUACAGCCACCUGUCCAUGCUGGACUACAACCCCCGAGACCGUGCGCUGUACGCCUGGAACAACGGCCACCAAGUCCUCUACAAUGUCACUCUCUACCACAUCAUACAGUAACACGAGUCCUUUACGAGUCCUCUACAAAGUCACGCUCUACCACAUCAUACAGUAACACGAGUCCUCUACAACGUCACACUCUUC